ACGAGCUCGACAUUGCUUAUGUUUAUUGUGCUGAAGUGUGGUUCAAGCUAAAGGGAAGCAGAUUAUGUGAAAUAUGUGGCGAGACUGCAAAAAAUGUCUCGGGUGCUACUACUAACGGAGUUAUGGAAGAGUGGAAUGAUAGAAGAUUCUCCGGAGAUAUUGCUGCUCAAAUUAAGCACAAUAACAAAUCUCUUCAUUUCAAAGUUGAUACUGAAUCAAAUGUGUUGACGAUAUUUACUCUCACAGAUUUCGUGACUUCUGCUAAAGCCGUUGCUUUUAUUCGAUUACCUGAUUACAAAUCCGGCAAGAUUGAAGUUCAAUAUCUUCAUGAUCAUGCUGGUUUUACUACUGCUGUUGAUUUGAGUCGCAACCAUGCUAUUGAUUUUUCUGCGACAAUUAGUACUCCUGAUCUUCAGGACGACUGUGAAGAUAGGGAUUUAUUGAAUGGACUUAGUGAAGAUAUCUUAGAGCUUUCAUCAUCUGGUUGAAGAGCUCGCUGUAACUUUAACUGAGUCCAACAUUCAAGCAGCAAGCAUGAAGAUUCAAAGCUCAUUUAAGAUGAGUAGUUGCAGGAUUGCUAGAGUCAAAUAUGAGUGCUUUCUUUUUGGUAUGAUGCAUACUCAUGCUUGUUUUUAUAAAAAGUAUAUUAUUACCUUUCUGCCUUUUGAAUUGGUUGUAAUAAACAAAUGGUAGAUAAAAUAGAGAUGAUUGGUGCUUUAUUUUUAAUAAGGUGUUCUUAUACUAGAUCUUAGUGUGUGUGCAUGUAAUUGGGGUUUGAAUUGAGGUUCUUCAUUUUUUCACAUUGUUUGUGUUAUAAAUAAUUUGCAUGUGUCUCUAAAGUUUGAGCAUAAAAGUAGUAAAGGGUGUAAUUAUGGACCUCAUUCUGAGUGGCAGGUUUACAAGUGAGUGUGCACUAAUUUUUUUCCUUUCAAGGUUCAGUAGAUUUAUUACAGUUGUAUGUAACUAAAGUCAUGUUUUUGUUUGUUUGUUUGUAUGUAGUGUAUUAGGUGGUAGUCAUGGUGUCCCACGAGUUCAUUACAAAGGACGACAAGGUCGUGGAUUUCUAGCAAUUAGUUAUCCUUCCUAUAAUUGUAAUAUGAGUGGAGCUGAUCAUUGUAAAGUCUCAUCAUACAUUUAGAAAUCAAAAUUCUAACAAGGAACAUUUCAUAAUUGUUAUGAAAUUAUGACAGUAGUUAUUAUGAAUGUAAUUAUACAAUGUGUCUUAUAUACUUUAUUUUAGAACUUCAUUUUUUGUUUUC